AUGACCGUGGUAUUUACCCCAACUGUGGCGCAGACAUUCCGUGUCUCCAGCCUCUCGGCCUCUUGGGAUCUCCUCUACAACUUCAACUUCAUCCACACAGCUUUGCAAAUCUCCUUCUCAGAGGCUUCCAGUGGGGACUCCUGCCCCGUUGCAUAUUUGCUGGCCUCUCGGGCCUUCUCGGAAAUCCGGGAGGAGACUUCUGUGACCCCACAUGCAGUCCCACCGGUGACCCCAAACCGAGAACUGUGGACGACACCAACAUCUACUGCCUGCUUCCCACAGUCCGAGGGCGCCCCCGAAGCCCGGGCCAAGCCCGCCGUGCGCGUCCGCCUGGAGGACCGCUUCAACAGCAUCCCGGCCGAGCCGCCCGCGCCCACGCGCGGCCCGGAGCCCCCCGAGCCCGGCGUGGCGCUCAACAAUUUGGUAACUCUUAUCCGACAUCCAUCUGAAUUAAUAAAUGUCCCUCUUCAUCAGCAACAAAACAAAUGUACGACAUUAGUGAAAAAUAAAACUGCUGCGGCUACUGCUUUGCAGUUCACCUACCCACUAUUCACAAGUUCCUGCUCUGCUGGUGGAAAUUCUAGCAUUUCACAGACGCAGAGUUCCAGUAAUUCAUGUUCUGUACUUGAAGCUGCCAAGCACCAGGAUAUUGGACUGCCAAGGGCAUUUUCUUUCUGUUAUCAGCAAGAGAUCGAAUCUACAAAACAGACUUUAGAAGAAGCGCUAUGUAAGCAAGCAAUAAAUAAGAGGAAUCGGAGUAGAAUACGUCAGUUGGACACAAGUAUAGAACGAAGAGCCCUUGGAGAGAUUCAGAAUGUGGGCGAAGGCUCUACAGCCACACAGGGCGCCUGGCAGUCCUCGGAGUCCUCACAAUCAAACCUGGGGGAGCAGACCCAGAGCGGGCCCCAGGGAGGAAGGUCUCAGCGUAGGGAGAGGCAUAACCGAAUGGAAAGAGAUAGAAGGCGCAGAAUCCGCAUUUGCUGUGAUGAGCUUAAUCUUUUAGUUCCCUUCUGCAACGCGGAGACGGAUAAGGCGACAACGCUUCAGUGGACCACAGCAUUUCUGAAGUACAUUCAGGAAAGACAUGGGGAUUCUCUUAAGAAGGAAUUCGAGAGUGUGUUUUGCGGUAAAACGGGCAGAAGGCUAAAGCUGAGCAGACCAGACUCCUUGGUGACCCGUCCUGCACAGGGGAGUCUGCAGAACAGCCCCGCGCUGGAGACCAAGUGACUGGACAGUCAGGAGUCCCGGGAGCGAAGGGCUGUUCACGCACACUCCACGGACCGCAGCGUUCCGCGACCCUGGCGCUCUGCUCCAGCUGUGUGACCAAAGAGCCGUGGCUUGUGUGGAUGGACUCCAGGAGGGGCUUUGAGAGCAUUUUGCCGAAGUAUUUGUCUAGAACCAAAUUCUCAGUCACUAAUGCCCUCUUAGAUCAUUUGGGGAUGAAGACAUCUUGAUGUUAGUAAUUCCCAAUUACUGUCUGAUUCCAUCAUGUUUUCUUAACAUGAUAAAAAAAAUUAACAUCUUUUGUAAUUUCUUUAUUCUUAGAACAUACAUUACUUUUUAUUUAUUUUAUUUUCAUUUUAAAUAUGCCCCUUUAGCAAUUGGAAGAAGGUAAAUUGUUCUUAACUAGAAGUAGUUUGAAAUUUUUAUUCCAUUUGUUGUAUCGCUCCCCUUUGUAAUAUUUCCAGCCUCAUGGUACUUUGUGUUGCAAAAUGCAGUACUAUUUUAAAACUUUUCACUAAAAAUUUUCCAGAGACCUCCUUUAAAGCUACUUUUGUCUAUAUGUAAAAUAUUUUCUCAGUAGACUGCUUAUGUGCCCAAAUUCUCCUCUUGCGAGUCAUGACAUGUAAUAAACUGUAUGUUUGGAGUGGA